GGGGAUUGUGUGCAGAGGAAGACGGCGGCAGCAGCCCGUUCUCCCCGCUGGGCUUCAGAAAGGUGUCUCCCUGGCCACCGCUGUGUUUCCCGGCAAGUCUGCCCCUGCGCGUCGGGUUCCGGUACCGAACCUCCCCCGGUGCAACCAGCUGUUGUCCUCGGCCAUGGCGACGAAUGCGAAGCGAAAGCAGGAGGAGACUCACCUAAAGAUGCUCCGGGAAAUGACGAGCCUGCCUGCCAACAGAAAAUGCUUCGACUGCGACCAGCGCGGCCCGACCUAUGUCAACAUGACGGUGGGCUCCUUCGUCUGCACCACCUGCUCCGGGAUCCUGCGAGGGCUGAACCCCCCACACAGAGUCAAAUCCAUCUCCAUGACCACCUUCACGCAGCAGGAAAUCGAGUUUCUCCAGAAACACAGCAACGAGGUCUGUAAACAAAUCUGGCUGGGCCUUUAUGACGACAGGACAUUAGUUGUUCCAGAUUUCCGGGAACCACAGAAAGUAAAGGAAUUUCUGCAAGAAAAAUAUGAGAAGAAGAGAUGGUACGUGCCUCCGGACCAGGCCAAGGCUGUGGCCAGUGUUCAUGCGUCCGUGUCCGGCUCCUCCAUGAGCAGCGCCGGAAGCCCCCCCGAAGUCCACCCCCUGAAAAGCCUGCAGCUCAACAAGACGCCGGUGCGUCAGUCUCCAGGUCUGAGCCGCCCCCAGGCUCACGCUGCUGCUCAGGAAAAGAAGUUUGACCUGCUCUCAGACCUGGGGGGGGACAUUUUUGCUGCCCCCCCGUCCCAGACGGCCGGCUCCACCAACUUUGCCAACUUUGCACAGUUCCCGAGCCAGACAGCACCUCAGGAUCAGUUAAACACCAACUUUGCCAAUUUUGAAGCUUUUGGGAACUCUGCAAUUCCAUCCCAUCUGAGCUCCUCACCUCCCCUUUCAUCAGGUGGAGGAGUUCCCGUUCCAUCCAUGUGCAGCGCCGUUCCUGCUCAGUCCAGGACCGGGACGUGCUCGGAGGACCGCUACGCCGCGCUGGCCGAGUUAGACAACGAGCUCAGCUCCUCUGCAGUGACCAGCGGCGGCGUGAAGGGGAACAUAUUUGGACCCGUGCUUGGUUCAUCUCCAGCUCAGAACCCACCUGUGUUACCCAGCAUUCCAUCUGGUUUUGGAGCAGUGCCGUCCACAAACCCCUUUGUUGCCACGGCGAUGGCUCCAGACAUGGCGACUAACCCGUUCCAACCUAACGGUAGGGCUCCCCCUGCAGCUCCCUUCGGUACGGGCUCUAUGAGCAUGCCCACGGGCUUUGGGAACGCGUCUUCGUACUGCCUCCCGACCAGUUUCAGCGGAAACUUCCAGCAGCAGUUCCCUGGCCAGGCACCCCUCCCUUACUCUCAGCCCGGGCCCUACCACCCUCAGUCCAAUGGCCCCGCCUUCCCUGUCUAUGGACAGAACAAGCCCUCCAUCACGCCCUUCGGGCAGCCAAUGGCGGUUCCUGGGAUGUCCAAUAACCCGUUCAUGGCGGGUUCGUUCCCUGCAGGAGGCUCAUCCACCAACCCGUUCCUGUAAAGUGGCUCCCAGGCUAUGCCAGCAGAGGGCAGCAUGCAGCACAACCUCCACGCUCCUGUUUGUGCAGCAAGCAGCAGCUUCUUUUCUAAAAGACGGAUUUGUGUCCUUGACAGACGUUUACAGCACCACAAAGGCGCAUCCUGAAGACUGAGGGACUGUUAUGGAAGAACUGUACUGUUUUGUUAAAGCAUUGGAUGCUUUUGAUUUUUUAUUUUCUUAUAUAUAACUGUAAGCUUUGGGCAUAUCACUAUUUGUAAUCACAGAUAAGGUCAUGUAACGUAUAACGAGGACUGAAUUAACAAGGGUAAGUAUGCACACCUUGUGUUUAAACAAACAGAACUCCACAUAGGUGAGGGUUCCCGUGGGAAGGUUUGUACAGGGUCCAUGCACAUCCACCGUUUAGGCAGACGUUUGUCUGCUUCAGGGUCAGAAAGGGAUUCCUGAGUGAAAGUGACAUUUUCACACAGAGUGAGGCUCUCAGCUGGACAACGGCAUGAACCGGACUCAUCUUCUGUUUGUGGCAGAGAAGAAAAUGUCAUUGCGAGGUGGAAGGGGGCACGGGGGUUUCUGUUGGGAACCAGGAAGAGGUCUCACGUUGUUGCGUCAGCAGAUGAUAUUUAUGGAUAAAAGACAGAGUUGAGGGCGGAGCUUUUAUCAGGAAGGUGAUCCAUCCCGUUAGACCAGGACUAGAACACACACGGUUCUUCAUGAUGCGGUUCUUCUUACUCGCUUUGAGCACUUCAGAGAAGAAGAAAACGUUUAGGAGCAGCAGAACCAGACUGUGGUUCUGGGGAGCCCGGCUGCCCUCCACCCCCACCCCAUCAUGUACAUUUAUGAAUACAUGUAUAAAUAAAUAAAGAUUUUUAACUUCA